GUUGUUUUCAUCCAGACGCGUUUCCGAAGAGCUGAAGUAGUGUCAAAGCUGUAAUGGACUCUUUGAGCCACAGUGGGUACCUCCUCCAGCAGCUUCAGGAGCAGAGGAUCCAGGGCCUUCUCUGUGACUGCACCCUAGUGGUCAAAGGAGUGUGUUUCAAGGCUCACAAGAAUGUACUGGCUGCAUUCAGCUGCUACUUCAGGUCUCUGUUCCAGAACGCGCCAAGCCCUAAGAGUGAUGUCUUCCACUUGGUGACUCAGGAUGUGAGUGGGAUCGGGCAAUUGUUGGAUUACAUGUAUACAUCUCACCUGGACAUCACGGCUGAAAACGUGCGCUCUCUUCUGGACAUGGCUCAGGGUCUCCAGGUCCAGAACCUCCAGAGCAUGUGUGGAUCCUUCCUCAAACCAUGUCCGCCUCCCACGCACCUCCCAGCGUAUCCUGUGGGGGGAGCUAUGGGGUCUGAGCAUGACUGUCUCCUUGGCAACGAUGUGGAAAUGACAGAACCGUGUAAAACUGUCAGCGUUGAACCAGAGCAGACCAGACCAGAGAGACAGUUGCUACACGGAUACAAGCUCAGAAACUUCUAUAGCAGACAAUACUUCAAACAGCUGCAAGACACCGCGAGCGAAGCAGCGGUUAACCCAGAACUGGGACAAGCAUUUCACCCAAAUCCUCCUCCCUCUCUUCCUCCCCCCUCUGCCAAUGAUUCACAGCAUUUCAGAUUGCACAGCAACUCUGCAAUAGAGCCAAUACCCAACCAAAUGUCCACAGACCCUGUGUCUAACUCUCUUUCUCCUGCACCUGUCUCUCACCAUGCUCACCCUUCUUUCACCCUCUCAGACGACCUCACCCCUACAGAUCAGUGCAGAGGGGCAGUUCGUCCUAAGAAGACUGUGUACCUAAAGAAGUACCUCCGCUCUCAGAAAGCUCUGGAAGAGAUGAAUGUGGAGACUGCUCCUGUCACCUGUCCCACUCUCACACAGGAGCCCAGUGUGGAGCAGCCAAUAGCCUCCUGCCCCCCUCCUGCGGAGACAGAAGAACAGCAGGAGGCAGUGACAGAGGCACCACACCCUGGGAAUCAAAUGCUGGAGCAUCAGCCUCCAGAGGAGCCCCAGUCUGUCCCUGCUCCCCCUACAGGCACAAAGCAGUACCGCUGCUCAGACUGUGGGAAAGUCUUUAAGCAUCCGAGCAACCUGGAACUUCACAAGAGAUCGCACACUGGUGAGAAGCCGUUUCAGUGUAAUGUUUGUGGGAGGCACUUCUCACAGGCGGGGAACCUGCAGACUCACCUGCGCAGACAUUCUGGAGAGAAGCCCUAUAUCUGCGAGCUGUGUGGGAAAAGUUUCACAGCUUCCGGUGAUGUGCAGAGACACAGAGUGGUGCACAGUGGAGAGAAACCUCAUCUGUGUGACAUCUGUGGCCGAGGUUUUAAUAACCUGAGUAACCUGAAGGAGCACAAACGCACUCACUCCACAGAGCAGAGCUUCACCUGUGACCAGUGCGGAAAGUCCUUCAACACCCCCAGAAAAGUCCUCAAACACCGGGCCCGGCACAGCGGAGAGAGACCACACACCUGCACCACAUGUGGUAAGUCAUUCGUGGGCUCCGGAGACCUGCAGCGCCACGUGCGCUCCCACACAGGAGAGCGCCCAUACACCUGUGAGUGUGGGCGAAGCUUCAGCCGCUCAGCUCUGCUCCGGAGGCACAGAGGCAUGCACUGCCCAGGACUGCCCUCAACAACUGCCCCUACACCCCUCCCCUCAACAACAACUGCCCCAAACGCACACACAGGACUACCCCAAGAAUUGCCCACAGAUCUGCACCGAGAGUUGCACUGCCCAGGACUAACCCCAACAACUGCUCCUACACCCCUGACCCCAACAACUACUGCCUCAAACGACCAGAGUGACAUGCACAGCCCACCACUACAGAAUCCAACAGUUGCACCAAAAAACCACCGCGACAUGCACUGCCCAGGACUGUCCCCAACAACUGUUCCCCAGAACCCAACAACUACUGCCCCAAACAACCAUCCUGAUCUUCCCCAAGACCUACCCGGAGACCUGCACUGCCCAGGACUACCCCAAAUUACUACACCUACACCCGUGCCCUCUACAACAACUGCUCCAAACAACCACCCAAAUCUGACCCAAAACCUCCACUGCCCUGGACUACCCCAAGCUACUGCCCCUGGCCCCCAGACUACCACCUUUGCCCCAAACAUACACCAACAAGAUCUGACACAAGAUCAGCCCCUAGAGCUGCCCCAUUCGCCCACCAACCACCCCCAGGCACAUUCAAAUCAGCCCCCUCUCCCUCCUCCUGCCCGCACCUCACUGCCCUCCUCUCAGAUGCCCAAACCCCCACGGCCACGCAGAUCCCCUCAGGAGCCCACAGACUCUACAGUGCCCUCUACUGUACUGCACCCCUCCACAAUGACACCUCCAGGACUGGACAGACCUUUGACUCAAUCUGAGCCCCCUCAGCCCCUCUCCAAUCACAACCAGUCAUUGGGGGACAGUACCUCAUCAGAGGGCAAUACCUCUUUAGAGGGGAAUACUUCACUGGAAGGCAGUAGCAAAUCUGAGGAGGGGCAGCUCAUGUCCAGUGUGACUUUGUGGGGUUUGGCCAUGAAAACGCUACAGAAUGAGACAGAGUGA